UUUAUACAAACAUUGAGACACCAGAAGACUAUACCCACCCAUGCUACUUCAAAGAAACUUACAUGGAGAUAUACAAGGAGGUACUUCCUCCCAUGCCUGGCCAGUCAGAAUGGGCUGAGACUGGACAGCCUGCUCCCCUGGCACCUCACAUAUACAAACCACCAGGCAGACCACCCAAGCAAAGAAGGAGGGCUUCUGAUGAGCCUAGGAACCCUUACAAAGCAAGUAGACAGAAUAGACCUGUAAGAUGUGGGAAAUGCAAAAAGGAAGGGCAUAACUCAAGAGGGUGCAAGGCUGGCAUCACUGGGGAGACACCAUGGCAGAGGAGACAGAGACUUCAAAGAGAAAAAGCUGCAAGGGAAGGGGUGCCUGCACCUAGAUCUGCACCUCAGCCUGCACCUCAGCCUGCACCUCAGCCACCAUCCCAGCAGCCUACACAGACCUACAACAUGAUGUCUGCCACUCAGCCUUCAUCCUCACAGCAAGGAAAUCAACCUAGGCCAUCUCACAAGAGAGCAGGAUGGUUCUCUUCCUCACAACCAGAGUUUCACACACCUAGGGAGACCUGGGAUACCUUACCAAGUUCUUCACAGGUAACUUAG